UUUUCCCAGGUAUGGGAAAGCUUCUCAAGCUCCCUCUUACCCCAUCCCUCUUCCCCAAUUUUUCCAAGAAAUAAAUUUUGUUUGCCUGUUUUUGUCUAUUUCUCUUAUAAAAAUGACUGUUUACCGGUUUGUCAUAACGUGUUCGAUGCCGUAUAGGCAAAGCUGUACACGCUAUUUGGUGUUUAGAACAGGACUACUCCUAGAGGAACAGAAGCUGCCUUUUUCACCUUACUUCCUUUCAAAUCUAUUCCAUUUUCUAUUAAGAUUUACACAUUAAUCCAUCGAUUUGUAAAAAAUGUGCUUUUCAUAGCUGAGCAAACGGGUAUUUGAUUAUUUCGCAUUUUUAGCACUUUACAAUGGUAUAAGUGAAAGUUUUGUUUUUAAGUGAGAGUUAACUGGUUGAGCGCCGUGGUCAAGCAAUUUAUGGAUUGCUUGCUUAUAUUAUAAUUUAAAGUUUAAAUUGCAUUUAAUGGCUUGGGGUUGCGUUUCAUAAGGAAAGGUUUAAACUAUUGUAGCAUUGCUUGUUCGCUAUCUUCUAUUUGGUAUAAGCAAUUUUGAUAAUUUUGCGCCUACAUUUCCAAUGGUGUAAUAUUUCUGGAUACUUCUGAGAGGUUAGAAUUAUCAAACUGUGCAAUGGAAAUCAGUUUUAUAACUUAUGUUUCUAGAAGCAAGUUAAUCUAGGACUUCUGUGUUCUUCGUACACGGUGUUUGACUAUGUUCUUAAUUCAUUCUUCAAGGCUGAAAUAGUAUUGAAUUUCUCAGAAUUCCUUCAAAAUACAGUAUUAAUUUUUUCUUUUUGUUGGUUAAUGCUCCAAUUGAUUUGUCACAAAAUUAAGUUCUCGUUGGCAGCAUUUUCUUUAACUACGAAGAAAGUUAUGAAGAAACGUUACUUAAAAAGAAGCUUCGUGUUAUUAGAAAAAGUUGUUAGAUCACCCUCUCUACCAUUGGGAAAGGCAAUUUUACCCCUGAGCAUGCCAUCUUAUAAGUUUACAGAGAAACCUUUUCUAUUGCAGGCCAUUCAAUGCUUUCAACAACAUCUCUCUAUAAAAACUUUUAAAAUCUCUUAAAAGUUGUCAAGAAAUCUUAAACGAUAAGUUAAUGGAGCUACUGAAAUUUAUUAUCUGAGUGGUAUAUUGAAUCAAAGUGAAAUAGAAAACAUAUCAGGCCGGUAAACUCUCUUGCUCGGUGAAGACCAAAGUUUAGAUAUUAUUCUAUAGUAGGAAAAAUCUUAAAGUUUUAGGCCAUUAGAUAGAUGACAAAAUGGCUUUAAUUAUGUUUCCUCCAUUUUUGCUUUUUUUGUCACCCUGUUAAGAUUCUUGGAAAUACGGUGGAACAAACAGAGCCCUUUGGAAAGGAGUGUUAGUUUUUAUUUCUGAUUUAUCUUAAUAAUUAUCAAUCAUGGAUGUUAUCUAGUUGUUUAUCGAAAUCCUUUUACUGGAUUGGUUAUCAAAUGUAUUGUAUUAAUAUUCUUAAUUUUUUGUAUGUUUCUGUAAGCUAGCGGAAAUUUGAAAAUUAAAUGCAUCUCGUCGCAUCACACAUCAGAGAGCAUUCUGAACUGAGUAGAUGAAUAGCCAUGCUAUUUUCUAGAUUCAUCUAGAUAUUAUUGCAGUUUUAUUGUAGUAAUGUAAUAAGUAAGAAGUGUUAUGAAGUGUGGUGUCUGGUGGUGAACGAGGCUGUCCUCUUUUUCUCGUCGGAUUUCGAACGAGAAGAUCGAAAAUGGAAUGUUCGUUGUAACCUGUGACGAGACUUUUUAUUUUCAUUGACUUCUCUUUGGAAAAAUUGCGCGUUAAAGAAAACUCUGUCAAUUGCACAUAAAAACUUUACCGUGGUGAGUAAACAUUGCAUGAUUGCUGCUAUAGAAGUUGUAAUUAUGAUUUGAGAUCAACUUUUCCUGGAAACAUAAUAAUUUUCAGAUACGUUUCACAAAAGCUGCGUCUCUGCAGUGACGUUAUGUUGCUGUAAAUCAAUACCCUAUAAUUUCGAAAUUACAACACAGAUAAUAUUUCGGGCUAGACUGCAGGCGUCCCGUAUUUCGUUUGCUAUAAAAGACAAUUUUUAAAAAUCUUUAUUUUUCUCUGACCAAAUUGCUCUGUCAAAUUUCUCUAACCAACACAAGUUUCUCUGUAAUCAUGCUAGGGGAACGUAAUUCUUAAUUGUCUAGUGAGUGCAUUAAAUUAGAGUUUUAGGGAAUCUUUCUAGAAAUUGCUAGUCGACCAUCUCAACCCUACAGAUUUUUCGUAGGCCUACUUUAAUGAUAUUGUAGUGUAUAUUCCCACCACUAUUGUGUUAACGUUUUUUUUCCGACUUUAUUUAAGUGGUAUUCGUUUCAUCUAGCUAAUUUUGACAAUCAUUUCAGUGUAUCCAUUUUUCAUACAUAGGCCUAUGUAGUAUACAGAUUUUACCCUUAAUAUACCCAAAACAGUUUAUUCGUUGAUGACGUAAUCAUAUUUCGUUUUUCCUACAUUCAGAAGCUGCAAGAAAAUCUUAUCAUUAAAGGUUUCCAGAUCAACAAAUGGAAAUUAAAUAUAAAGCAAUCUUGGUUGCUUUGUCAUUCCUACUAUCCCAAAUAAAUGCAGAAAACCUUUGCGAAAAGAGUCCUGGGUUUGGAAAGGUUCCUUGUUGCCCAAAAGAAUAUGCCCAAGAUUGCUGUGGAAAAGUAGAUGCUUGCGAUUCAUCUUACACAGUUGGUCGUACACCCGCCGAAAUGUACGGGCCACUGAAAUACAAAGCACUUUGUUCAGAGCCCCUCAACACAACCUCAUGUAUAGCUGGUUUUUACAGGAAUGCCACUGGUUUCAGCUUGCCCUGUCCUCCAGGGUAUGUCUGCCCAGAAGAUGAAACCUGUAUUAUUCCAUGCCCCAAGGGAUCAUUCUGCAGACCAUACGAGCUGGUGAAUGUCACUUUUAAAGUGAGCAGACGGUAUGUCUGCCCAGAAGAUGAAACCUGUAUUAUUCCAUGCCCCAAGGGAUCAUUCUGCAGACCAUACGAGCUGGUGAAUGUCACUCGAGGAUACAAAUCAAUGUGCAAGCGCCUCGGUAAGUGCUGCAGGAGUGAGACUGGUGAUACCGCCACACCAGUUCUAAAUGAAGACGGAAGCUAUAUGUGUCCUGGCGCUUUUAAAAAUGAGCCAUGUCCGAGAGGAUACUUCUGCGAGCAAUCAACAGAGAAAAUCAUAUGCCCUAAAGGAUAUUAUUGCCGAGAAGGAACAACAAAAGCUUAUAAGUGCCCGGCAUUUUCAAUAUGUAAGGAGGGUGAGUCUGCACCGCUGCAAAAUGCGAUUGGUCCAGUUGUCACAAUCGUUGUUAUCAUGUUCAUCAUUGGCACAUAUGCUGUUUUCGAACAUUUCCGUCUGCUGAAAUACUUUGCUAACCAUUACUGGAGGGCGAUUACAGGGGACUUGCAUUACAGUGUUGAGGAUGGCAUAAAAUAUCUGAUAACCACAAUGGAGGAUUUCGCAUGCUCGACCGAUGCUCAGUUGGAACCAAAAGAUUACACCAUAGAUCUGAGUUUUUCAGACCUAUCUUUGACACUGAAGGGCAGUGGCAAACUUGUCCUCCAAGCUGUAACCGGAGAAAUUCGAAGCGGCGAAGUAACUGCGAUUAUGGGUCCUAGUGGAGCUGGGAAAACCACAUUGCUUAACGUAGUCAGUGACAAAGCUUUCUACGGGAAAAUGGAAGGAAUUUUAAGAGCUAAUGGUGAAGUUAUCGCAAGUUUGAGAAAGUUUAAGAAAAUUGUUGGGUUUGUCCCUCAAGAAGACACGAUGCAUCGAACACUAACUGUGACAGAGGUUUUGACCUUCCAAGCCAAUCUUCGACUACCCCCUAUAUUUACAAAGAAGGAAAUAAGCCAGAAAGUCAGCCAGACACUAAAACUCCUGGAGAUAUCUCAUAUUGCAAUGUCUCACAUUGGAGAUGAGGAACAACGAGGAAUAUCCGGUGGUCAGCGGAAACGUGUUAAUAUCGGAAUGGAACUUAUUGCUGACCCUACCUUACUUUUCCUUGAUGAACCAACCAGUGGGCUCGAUAGUACUUCAAGUUUGACUGUCCUAAAUGCUCUUCGAAAAGUCGCCGAGAAAGGACGAUUGACUGUCGCAUGUGUUAUCCAUCAGCCGAGAUACGAAAUAUUUCGAAUGUUCCACAACAUAUUGCUAUUGGCACCUGGAGGCCGUACUGUGUACCAAGGCUCAGUCCCUGAUGCAGAGACCUACUUUGCGUCCCUGGGAUUCGUCAUCCCGGAACACGCCAACCCAGCAGAUUUCUACAUGGAUGUCAUUGGCGGUGCUACAGGCGGCAACUUCUCUCAUGAUCCGGAGAAGCUACCGCAUUACUGGAUCGAGAAACGGGACAGCUUUGGGGCGACUAGCGUCAAAGUGGCGAUGGCCGGAUCAUGCGGAGAUUGUGGCAAAGAAUUCCGCAUAUCAGACCGUCCCGAACCCAACAUGUUUAGCCAGUUCUUCAGCUUUCUCAUUCGGGAGUUCAUUCUUCAAUUUCGCCAAAUCAAAACAGUUCUUCUCGACACAUUCCUUGUUCUUCUGGCUGGUGGUGUUCUUGGGAGCUUAUACAGAGAGGUUAAACUCAAUCAGUUCCUCACAAUGACAACAAUGAGCGGUAUGGGCAUUGGUCUAGUGGCAUGCAUUCCAGCACUGCGUGUCUUUGGACAGUUGCGCCCAGUGUUUUGGAGAGAGGCAAGUGUUGGGAUCAAUAGGUUCAGUUACUUCAUGGCGGGAAAUGUCUCCCAAUUACCACAGAUUGCUCUGAUGCCCAUCAUUUAUCUCUCCUUACAGUACACUUUCACGGCUCCUCGAGGGUAUCUGAAUGAUCACUAUCUUGUCUCUCUGGCUGCUUGGUUCGGUGUGUCAGGCUUUGGGUAUCUCAUUUCGUGUGUUUUCAACCCGCGUAAUGCUCAGAUGGCCACCGUUCUUUUCAUACUCGUCUCUUCAUUGCUUUCAGGCUCAUCACCAACCCUUUGCAAAAUGAAUGACUUGAAAGUCAUUGGUCCUGCUUUCUACAGCCUCUCGUACGCUCGCUGGUAUGUCGAGGCCCUCUUCGAAGCUGAGGUCAAACACUAUGCCGCAGUCCACCAAAACGACAUCGAUUAUUUCGCAUUUAAUCGAGAUUACGCGCUGGACAAAUACUGGGUAUGCGUUGGUGUCUUGUUUGGGUAUGGUUUCGUCACAAGAAUAAUAGCGUUUUUGUGUUUGAUUUUCAUGAACAGAGGCAAGCAACAGUAACUAACUUUUUGGACACAUUUUUUACUAUGAUAUGUAUAAGAAGACUUAUUGUUUCUGUAAAAGUGGUAUGAACUAAAUAGACAUCAAAGCUGUUCUUAAAAGUUGGGUGUUCCUCCAGUUUCAUUACUUGUGUCAUUGGUGCUUCUGGUAUUAUCUGAGUUUAUAAGUGCCAGUAUGUGGUGUAAGAGGAUUUGAAAUACCAAUAAAAAAUGGUUUUCAUAGCUAACAUUAUUUCUUAUUGAGUACUGUAAGAAAUUGAAAACAAUUUUGCCUAAGUUGAGAUUCCUCAGGUCGUUUUUUAAGGUUUGUAUUAUUUGUUAGUAAAUGUUCUACUUCAGUACUAUAGAAACUGUUUUUUGUUGUGUUUGAAUUUUUCCAGAAUUUUUCAUUGAUGUCAUUAACGUUUUGGUAAAUUAAAUCCCAAUGUAUAGUAUUUCCCAGUUCAAAAAUAAAAACAUCCACCAUAGUCAAGGUCAAUCAAUUAGACCACUUUAUAACGUACUUCAUCCUUUUAUGCUUUUGUGACAAGUGAUGAUAAGAAAAUGAUUAAAUUAGGUCUUAAAGAAAUAACCCUCAAAAAAGCUGAGCUUGAAAGAGUAAAUCGGAAAUCAUUGAUUGAUGAUGAUCUUGUUUUCUUAAGACUGUCAAUACGUUGCAAGUAAAUAUUUUUCGUUCAUAAAUAGUUCAAAAGGUUACAAGUAAUGAUGCAAUCCCAGAGCAUUAUGAUCGUACCAGGCCGUUUCAUUUCUGGUCAAAGUGUGGGUUAUGUAUAUGCAGGAUAUUUUUAGAAGUCAUAUAUUAUGCUGGCUCACAAACUGAUCUCCCAGGCGAAGCAUUUCAAUGCUGCUUUUACCCGGCUGUCCCCUCAACUCUGGAUACAGGAAUGAUGUAACAUGUUUGGUACUUUAAAAGUCACAAUCAUGAUGUGAAAUAUUGUGUACCGUAAAAAUAUCGUCGAAUUGAUAUACAAAUACUGUUAAAGCUCUGUUAAGCCCAAUAGAGGCAUCUUAUUUUUAAAUGUUCAAAGAGAAAGGGUCUCAUUAGAGAAGAGGGUCUCAUUAGAGAAGAGGGCUUAUUAGAGAAGGGAGCUGUCUGAGACCUAUUAAAAAUACUUUUGUUGUUGUUAUGUUUCAAAGUUUAAAUGCCUUUUCAGAUGCCCUGUGUCUUUCGCAAUAGUGUCUAGCAAUUUUUGUGAAUUUUACGGUUGUUGACGGUUCUAUUGUGAUAUAGUUGUUUGAAGGUCAUGUGAUCAUACUUAUGAUUUUAUUUGUUUCAGUCGUUUUGAUCGUGAGAAUUUCACACCUUUGUAAAUUGCUUUAUUAAUAUCACUUGGUCUCGUAUUUUACUCUUGUUAGAAGGUCGGAUUUCCUUUCUUGUACUUUAGAUGGAUUAUAACACGGAUUAUUUGGUUUCAUUUAUAAAAUUAGUAGUUGAUGUCUGAGGAUGGAAGAUAUCUCUUUGCUCUAGAUCUGAAAUUUGAACGACAGAACUCCUGGAUUUUCUGAGCAUUUGUGCUGGAUAAUUUCGAACUCAUGCCAGGUCUACCCCCUUCAGGGGCCAAGAAGGGACAGGAGAGCACCCCUGUGUAACAAACCAGGCGUCAUGUUUACUUAAUGGUGGGUAGCAGGUCAAAUGGCAGGGGCAGCAAAAUUUUACUUGUACUGGCAGGGGAUGGGAUGUCGUAUCUACUAAGUCUGUACAGUACUGAGAUGUCUGUUCAUAGAUAGGGAAGUGUCUAUCCUCUAUCUUUAAAGUUUUUGCCAACCUGUUAACAAAUUUAAUCAAAAUUUCGGAGU